UUGCAAAAUUUGACUCUAGUCCCCUAGCCUGCUCUCUCUUUUUCUUCUCCACCAAGACUUAUAAAUAAAUCUCCAUCUUUCUCUCUAGCUUUGCACUACUUGUCGUUCUUCUCCAUGGCUGUGGACCUCAUGAUGGGUCUGGUUGACAGCUUUGCGGCCAAAAUGGAAGAGAAUGACGUCAAGGAAGCAGCCUCGGCUGGGAUCCAGAGCGUUGAGAAGUUCAUAAGCUUGAUGUCUUCUUCUUCUUCAACCCCUGAAAGUGCUGCCAUGGAAUACAAAGCUGUUGCGGACAUGGCGGUGAAUAAGUUCAGAAAGGUCAUUUCAUUGUUGGAUAGAGGAAGAACCGGUCACGCUCGUUUUCGAAGAGGUCCUGUGACUACUACCAGUCCACAAUCGCCACUAGUUUUGACCAAAGAAACAGAGCAGUCUUCAUUUCAGUUUCAAGAGGCUCUAAAUACGAAGACAGAGCAAUCCCAAUCCUCAUCUGCUUUCAAGGUUUAUUGUCCCAAACCGGUUCUGCGUUUACCGCCUCUGCCAAAGACUAGUACUAGUUUCCAUUUCUCGGCUACGCCGGCGGUUUCAGGUUCGAAUUCGUUUAUGUCUGGGGACGGCGAGACUACUACUCUGCAACACUCGGUGUCGUCCGGUUUUCAAUUGACCAACAUGUCAGUGUCUUCUGCUGGUAAGCCUCCUCUUCCUUCUUCGUCGUUAAAGAGGAAGUGUCAUUCUGUGGAUGAUGCGGCGGCUCUCAGGUGUGGCUCGUCCUCUUCAAGAUGCCACUGUUCCAAGAAAAGGAAAUCAAGAGUUAAGAGAGUGACGAGAAUCCCUGCUAUUAGUACGAAAAUGGCUGAUAUCCCAGCUGAUGAGUAUUCAUGGAGAAAGUACGGCCAAAAACCAAUCAAGGGUUCCCCUCAUCCAAGAGGGUACUACAAGUGCAGUAGCCAGAGAGGGUGCCCUGCACGAAAACACGUAGAGCGAGCUGUAGAUGAUCCGAGCAUGCUGAUAGUGACGUACGAGGGCGAUCACAAUCACUCCCAAGCUGUCACGGAGGCCAUGGCAGCCAUCGUCCUCGAAUCGUCGUAGUCAACUCAUCGAGCGGCCAAAACGGCGCCAACCACAAUUCUUCGUCUUUAUUAAAGUUUGGGCAAAAAUAGUCAACUCUCACAGUCUCCAAGAGGAUUAGUGGGUUCAUAUUUUUAUUUUCCUUAUGGGUUUAUUCUUAUUCUUUUGAUGAUCUAGAGCCUUGUUUAGAGAUGGAAAAAAAAUGAUAUAGGAUUAGGAAUAGAGAAGAUGAUGGAUUUGGUGCAAGGUCAAUGAAUCAAUGCUAACUAAUGGCUUUUUGUUUAUUAAUAUGUUUAUGCUCCUAUACUCGUUUAAUAUAUCAUUGUGGAGUUUGCUGACUCUGCGCACUUCUACU